AUGUCUUUGGCAAAGAACUUGGCAGCAUUCGCUUCGGCGGCUUCUGGCAUUAGCAUUGUGCUAGCCAUUGGAGUUGUUGGCUAUAUGCUUAACGACAUCAACAAUUUCUACGAUGAUGCGCUAGUGGAGCUGAAUGAGUUCAAGCUCACUGCCAACGGUGCCUGGGACCAUAUGACCGAAAGGAUUCGAAGCGAAGGUGCACGUGAAGUGAGAAGCGUCUUCCAUCGCAAGAAGAAGCAAUCAUAUGGAGGUGACGGUGGUGACGCUGGUUUCAGU